UUUGCCCAAACAGAGCUUUAAAAUUGGAACAAUGGUUGUAGUAUAAAUUGUAAGUAACGGCUGUCAAUGGCGGCUCCAUCGCUCGUGCCUCGCUGCGGGCUGAUAAAACCACCACAAUUAGGGACGCGAUUUGCGGGAAUCACAUUUGGCACCGCCGUAUCCCUGCGCGUCGCUGCUAGAAUGGAAUCGACAGCCGCCGAUACGGCGGCUAGGGUUACGGAGAGCUCGGCGGAGGCGGCGGACACGGUGGUUCAGUACGUGGUGCUGCGUAGGGAUUUAAUUGAUACCUGGCCGUUGGGAAGCGUGGUCACACAAGGAUGCCAUGCCUCCGUCGCUGCGAUAUGGCUCCAUAAGAAUGAUCCCGACACUCUCCGCUACUGCGCCGAUUCGAAUCUCGAUUCUAUGCACAAGGUUACUCUUGAAGUGAAAGGUGAAGCCCAGUUAGUAAACCUUUCGGAGAAGCUAAAAGCCGGUGGCAUUGCUCAUAAGCUAUGGAUCGAACAGCCGGAGAACAUUCCCACAUGCCUUGCCUCCAAACCCUACCCGAAGUCGAUUGUAUCGCCAUUUUUCAAGAAGCUUAAGCUCUGUAAGUGAUAGAAUUUUGAUAUGUUCCAACACUACACACCAACAUUGUUUCAUCUUCUUGAUCUCCCCUCAAAGUUGUAUCUGUCAAAUUUCUUUUACCCCCAUUUUCAUAUGUACUCUUGACCUCAAACAUGGAAACGUUAAUGGUUAUGGCGAUUUAUUUCUUAAA